UACUGAAAUAUGCAGAUGACAUCAAGCUGUAUCUUGAGAUAAAAAGGAUAGACCCUGAACACUAUAGAUCUUUCCUGCAACCAGACUUGGACACAAUGCAACAAUGGAUCAUGGACAGGCAACUCAAGCAGAUUGUGGACAACUGUACUACCAUGCAUUUUGGGAGGAAAAACCCAGCAUCCAUAUCCUCUCUCCACAACACUAAUAUCAAGAAGUUUUCUUGUGAACGUGACCUGGGCAUUACUAUCAGCAACAAUUUAAAUGGGACAAAGCACAUCUCUAAAAUUGUCAAGAAGGCUGAGGGUGUCUUGGCAUUACUUAGCAAGACAUUUGUCAGCCACUCUCCAGCUAUCUAUUUAAGGCUGUAUAUGGCUAUGGUGUGGCCACACUUGGAAUUUGCAUCACCAGUCUGGAACCACUAUACUGCUCAGGACAUUGACCUCCUGGAAACUGUUCAGAGAUGUGCAACCAAGCAAAUACUCUCCAUCAGGUAUCUACGAUAUUCUGAACGCCUUGCUUCCCUGGGCAUAGAUACAUUGAAGCUCCGACAUCUGGCAAAUGACUUGGUAAACAUCCACAAAAUUAUUAACCAUUGUGCCAACAAUCACCUUCAACACCUUUUUGAGCUCCAUGUAUCUAACGCAUGUGGGCACGCUUACAAAGUCAGAAAACAGCACAACUCCCAUGACUUUCGGAAACAUUCUUUCACACUCAGAGUUGCUGAAACAUGGAACAAACUACCUGCAUCAGCUGUUAGUUGCCUAGACAUUGCACCCUGUAAAAUCUCCAUGCUUCCUGAAAUUCGCCAACACUACACCUGAUAUCCCCCUAUCUUCCCCUCCAUACACAUGCACACAUGUAUAUCAUGGCUCAAACACUGUUCACUCUCCUGACAUUUGUACAUAAUUCUAUGUACUGUAUAUGCACCUUUGAUGAGUUGUAGUGCACCUGGACACUGGACACAAUAAUUUCAUUAUAUUAUAUCUGUCAGGCAAGCAGUGACCAAUAACAGAAUGUUAUAGUCGAGUCUACUGUGUGUCUGACAAUAUAUACCCAGACAGAAGAUGAUGGAUAGAAAGGGUCUGCCUUUGACGUUGGAUCUACUAACGGUUUUUAAAAAAAUACUUAAUAGUGUUCUGUUUAUCAUUUAUGCAGUCAUCAAAAUUGUUAUAAUGUCUUGUUGUUGA